CUAAGUACUGCACAGCAGGAAGGAAUGGUAGAAGUGGAGCUCUCUGUUAGUGUUACAUCACUGCAGAGAGGGAGAGAGAGACCUUGCUUAGUUAGUCAAAUAAGGGUGCGCCCUACCUGCCUGCCGACAGCCUACCUGUGUGAAACUUUCCCCUUGGGUGUGGAGGUAAGUGAGCGACCUCCAGACGUUUCUCCACUAUGAGUCGGGAGCGAGCAGACUCCCAGGGGUCACUUGGGCCUGACGAUGAGGUCAUGCCAUAUAGUGACGACGAGACGGAUGAUGAGUUGGACCCCGGCUCAGAUGAAGAGCGGCCACAGGUGGAAGAGGCCAAGAGCACCGAGUCUGGUUGGAGAGUCAAAGCGAACGACAGGGCCUUCUGUAACCUGCCAGAGUUUCAGAAAAAAUACUUCUUGUGUCUCAAGAAGAGUAAAUAUGCAGGGAAUGGAAUCAAGACAUACAAAUAUAACGCCUUAACGUUCAUCCCACUGAAUCUGUUCGAGCAGUUCAAACGAGCUGCCAACCUUUACUUUCUGGCCCUGCUCAUCUUACAGAUUAUUCCUGAGAUCACCACGUUGCCUUGGUACACCACCUUAGUGCCUUUAGUUCUGGUGCUGGGAAUCACAGCCAUCAAAGACCUGGUGGACGAUCUGGCCCGCCACAGGAUGGACAACGAGAUCAAUAAUAGGAAGUGUGAAGUUCUCCUGGAUGGCAGGUUUCAAGUGUCGAAGUGGAUGAAUAUACAUGUCGGUGAUGUGGUUCGUUUGAAGAAAAAUGAUCACAUCCCGGCUGACAUUCUGUUGUUGUCCAGUUCAAACCCCAACAGUCUUUGUUAUGUUGAAACAGCCGAGCUCGAUGGGGAAACCAACCUGAAGUUUAAAAUGGGUCUGAGAGCGACAGACGAGAGACUGCAGGGGGAGCACCAGCUGGCCCAGUUUGAUGCCAUGAUAGUGUGUGAGGAGCCUAACAACCGUCUGGAUAAGUUCACUGGGACCAUGCGUUGGAGGAAGGACCGAUUCCCUCUGGAUCUGGACAACAUGAUGCUGAGAGGAUGCAGGAUCAGAAACACUGACGCGUGUCACGGACUGGUCAUCUUCGCAGGCGCUGACACUAAAAUCAUGAGGAAUGGGGGCAAGACCAGAUUCAAGAGGACUAAAAUCGAUGAAUUGAUGAACUACAUGGUGUACACUAUCUUUGUAAUCCUGGUCCUGUUGUGUGCUGGCCUGGCCAUCGGAAACACCUUCUGGUACGAGGCGGUAGGCAGAAAGGCCUGGUAUCUGAAUGACGGUAAGGACCAGACUGCUUCUUACAGAGGAUUCCUCAGCUUCUGGGGGUACAUCAUCGUGCUCAACACCAUGGUUCCCAUCUCCCUCUACGUCAGUGUGGAGGUGAUUCGUUUGGGCCAGUCUAAGUUCAUCAACUGGGACCUUCAGAUGUACUACCAGGAGAAAGACACCCCAGCCAAGGCCCGCACCACCACUCUCAACGAGCAACUGGGUCAGAUCGAAUACAUCUUCUCAGACAAGACCGGUACCCUCACGCAAAACAUCAUGGCCUUCAAGAAGUGCACCAUCGCUGGACGUACCUUUGGUGACCCUGCUAAUGUUGAGGGUGUAUCUCUGGAUCGUGGGAAGCCAGUGGACUUCACCUGGAACAAGUACGCAGACAGGAAGUUUGAGUACCUGGAUCAUUCCCUGGUGGCCUGCAUCCGGUCCAAGAAGGACAAAGACACCUUGGAGUUCUUCAAGCUGCUGUCUCUGUGUCACACUGUCAUGGUGGAACAGAAAGAAGAUGAGUUGGUGUACCAGGCAGCCUCUCCUGACGAGGGGGCUCUGGUGACAGCUGCCAGGAACUUUGGUUUUGUGUUCCUGUCCCGUACCCAGGACACCAUCACCAUCAGCGAGAUGGACCAGGAGAUGACCUACGAGAUGCUGGCCCUGCUCGACUUUAACAGCGACCGUAAACGCAUGUCCAUCAUCCUGAGGUUCCCUGACGGUCGGAUCCGUUUGUACUGCAAAGGAGCAGACACGGUCAUCUACGAACGCCUCUCUCCUAACUCCAAACACAAGGAAGUGACCCAGACUGCUCUAGACAUCUUUGCCAACGAGACUCUCCGGACCUUGUGUCUGUGCUACAAGGAUAUCAGUAAGCAGGAGUUUGACGCCUGGGCUAAGAAGCACAAGGCUGCCAGUGUUGCAAUGGGCAACAAGGAGGCUGCUCUAGAUCGAGUGUAUGAACAGAUUGAGAGCAACCUCAUGAUGAUCGGAGCGACUGCCAUCGAGGACAAGCUACAGGACGGGGUUCCUGAGACCAUCGCCAAGCUGGCAAAGGCUGACAUCAAGAUCUGGGUACUGACUGGAGAUAAGAAAGAAACGGCUGAGAACAUUGGCUAUUCCUGUAAGCUGCUUACCGAUGGCAUGCAGAUCCACUAUGGAGAGGAUGUCAAUGAGAAGCUGCGGAUCAGACAGGCAAACAGAAGGGAUCAGCCGCCUGCGUUCGGUCGGACCAGGAAGAAGGUACCGGAUCCGUUCUUCCCUGAGCCUGGCAGAAACGCCCUCAUCAUCACUGGAGGCUGGCUGAACGAGAUCUUAUACGAGAAGAAAAAGAAGCGUCGCCGUCUUCGACUGAAGCGUCUCGGUAAGAGACCUGCCUCCACCACGCCCCAGGAUGCCGCCCAGCCAAUCGACGACUGGGAGAAGGAGACUCGUCAGGUGGACUUUGUGAACAUGGCGUGCGAGUGCGAGGCAGUCAUCUGCUGUCGUGUCACGCCCAAACAGAAGGCCAACGUGGUCAGCCUGGUGAAGAAGUAUAAGAAGGCUGUCACGCUGUCCAUCGGAGACGGAGCCAACGACGUCAACAUGAUCAAGACUGCAGACAUCGGUGUGGGUAUAUCCGGUCAGGAGGGCAUGCAGGCGGUGAUGUCCAGUGACUAUGCCUUCGCUCAGUUCCGGUACCUGGAGCGUCUCCUGCUGGUCCACGGCCGCUGGUCCUACAUCCGCAUGUGCAAGUUCCUCCGCUUCUUCUUCUUCAAGAACUUUGCCUUCACCCUGGUCCACUUCUGGUACUCCUUCUUCAGCGGGUUCUCAGCUCAGGUUGCCUAUGAAGACUGGUUCAUUACUUUAUACAACGUGAUGUACAGCUCCCUUCCUGUCCUGUUGGUUGGCUUAUUGGAUCAGGACGUGAACGACAAACUGAGCAGAAAGUUCCCCAAGUUAUACCUCCCUGGUCAGCAGGGAGCGUUGUUCAACUACAAGAAUUUCUUCAUCAGUCUGUUCCACGGCAUUUUCACCUCUCUGGUGAUCUUCUUCAUCCCGUACGGGGCGUUCCUCCAGACCAUGGGGCAGGACGGAGAGGCACCUUCAGACUACCAGUCCCUUGCUGUGGUCAUGGCUUCCUCUCUCAUCUUCACAGUCAACAUGCAGAUAUCUCUGGAGACGUCGUACUGGACCUUUGUGAACUGCUUCGCCGUCCUCUGCAGUAUAGCCAUAUACUUCGGGAUCAUGUUCGAUAUCCACAGUGCAGGAAUCCAUGUCAUCUUCCCAUCAACCUUCACUUUCACCGGAGUGGCCUCUAACGCACUCAAACAACCCUAUCUGUGGCUGACCAUCAUCCUGACUGUGGGGAUCAGCCUGCUUCCUGUCAUCUGUAUUCAGUUCCUCUACAAAACCAUAUGGCCGUCCGUUGGAGACAAAGUCCAGAGGAACAGGAAGAAGUAUGAGAUGGAGGAGGAGGAGCAAGAGAAAUCCACUCCCUUCCAGCGCGGAAGACGCUCCCGCCGCUCAGCUUACGCCUUCUCUCACUCCAGAGGCUACGCCGACCUCAUCGCGUCCGGCCGCAGCAUCAGAAGACGACCUCCUACAGCACGCCCCAACCCCAGGGACAGCAUCCGAGAGAUCCCCCAGGCCGAGAACAUAUGAGGGGCCUGGUUCCAGAUUUGUUUGUGCUGUCUUGCCAACUCCUAUGGUCCUACAACUCCUGUGGUAAAUGUCAGUUUUGACCAUAGGUGUUGUCAAGACGACACAAACAGAUCUGUGACCAGGCUAGCCUGUCAUGCCUAUGCUUUUAGGAGGUUGAUCAAGCUGAGAACAUAUUUCAGGCCUUCCCUGGCAUGAUCUUACUAAGCAAAGACCCUUCCACCCAAAAGCUUACUGAAGCCCUUUUGUAUUGGGGAUUUCAUGUUUAUGGUUUUGUGUAACAGACAAUGUUGCUUAUCACAGAAUUGCUCGUCAUUACUGGGUACUCCCGAUAUAUACCUUGGCCUGUAUUGAUGAAGCCUUAGUUUGAGUACUGAUCUAGGAUCAGGUCUCACCCCUGUACAUGUAAUCUUAUUCAUUAAUUAUCUAAAAGGGGAAUACUGUUACUGGAUCAGCACUUUGUGAAUACGGGCCCAAGAGUUAUUGGUUUGACUGGAGGUUGGCCUUGUUUAAACUGACUAAAUGUAAUAUAUUGUUAAUAUUAUUGUUGGUUUGUAUUUCACUGGAUCAGUUGUGAAAAGGUAUACUUGCAGUCAGAAGGGUGUCAUAAUCAUGAUUUAUAUUUUAAUGUGCAAGAAUUUCAGCUUUAUUUUCUGUUCAAAAUGCUGGAUCCUAGAAGUAAAUUAUGUUUUCCACAGUUUUAUAUUUUAUUUUAUGGUGUCCUUCCUUACUGCUGUAAGUUAUUUAAACACUCUUUUUAUAUGCACAUGGAUUCAUUGUAUACAUGCUUUUUAAAGCUGAACCAGCUGUUUACGGUGAUCCAAUAGAACCUCCUGGACUGAUUUAGAUUCACUGGUUUUAGCUGAGCUUUUUUUUUCAGAUCAUAAACUGAUGCAAAUAGCUUCUUGCAUUCUUUUAAUGAGCUAGAUAACUGUUAUUAUAAUAUCAACACUGUCCAUCCUCUCUCUUUUUUAAAAUUAUUUUUGUAACAGGAUGGUUAUUAUCAUGACUUUUGGUGUAAAAUGGCAAUGGUUUGAAAUGUGCUAAAUAUUUACUGUGCCUCAAAUGGCAUUCUACUACCUAUUUUAGUGGUCAAAAGUAGUGCACUAGGGAAUAGGGUGCCAUUUGGUAUUUAACCAUUUGAAAUGAAGUAUGAAUGGAAUUGGCAAUUUGCAAUAUUUGCUAUGAAGGACCAACCUGCUCAGACGUUCCAAUUUAGUUUAAUAUUUCGACUUGGGCUGUGACUCAAUCCACAAGGAUGCAGUGUUUGGAUUGAGACGCAGCCAUGGCUAUUUUAUUGGCCUUAAUGCAUUAUAUCAGCCUUUAAUCAAUAUGACCUCUGUCAAACAGGUACCGUUUAGUGUGUAUAAAUACUCUUUGUUCUGUUACAUACUUCAUGCUGUAUAACAAAUGGACUUUGUAACUGUAUUUUUAAAGGUUUGUGUAUCUAUUUGUGUAUACACAAAAUUGAACAAUGGCCUUUAGUGGUCAACUGGGCCACUCUUAUGACAACUUUUUUUUUUUAAUACUUGUUUUUAGUAUAUUAAUGAUAUAAAGUACCUUGUAAAAUGACUUUGAAUAAAGACUAACUAUACAGAGAAA